GUCUCGCCGUCGUGACGCCAUUUUCCUGCGACUGCGCGAUCGCUGAGGUAACGGGUGGUUGCCACCGUCCGGCGGGAAACCCAGGAGCGGCUACUUCUCGUCUGCGGCCUCUGAUCUAGGAGCAGAAAGACAAGCGGCAAGAUGACGGACCGCUACACCAUCCACAGCCAGCUGGAACACCUCCAGUCCAAGUACAUCGGCACGGGCCACGCCGACACCACCAAGUGGGAGUGGCUGGUGAACCAGCACCGCGAUUCGUACUGCUCCUACAUGGGCCACUUCGACCUGCUCAACUACUUCGCCAUUGCCGAGAACGAAAGCAAAGCGCGAGUCCGCUUCAACUUGAUGGAGAAGAUGCUGCAGCCUUGCGGACCGCCCGCCGACAAGCCCGAGGAGAACUGAGACCCGGCCCCCGCCCGGCCUCCGUCGACUGCGGCCCUUCCGGCCUCUUCUGUCUCCAGGGACGGCUUCCCAAGCCGUGUGUGUAUGUGUGUGUGGACGUGCGUUUGCCGGGUGCCCCCCGACCCGCCUUCGUGUGCCCUUCGCACGCUGAGAACUGCUGGAGAGAGGUCCUGGAUUCGGGAAGCGUAGGCCAAGCCCGCUGGACUGAGGCGGGACUUGGAGGCUGGCUUUCGGCUUGUUGAUUGCCUUGUUGCUGUUUUCCCAUAAAGUUGAGAAAUCGCCGGUC